AAAACUUGCAUUUUAGAUUAAAUGUCAAGAAAUAGUUCGUAGGUAAUAUAUUAAGAUAAAAUUUCAAUCUUUAGAUAUUCAAAUAAAAUUAAUAAUGUUGAAUGUAUUGAAUUUUUAUAGAUCCCAUUCACCCAGUAUUGGCUGCAACAUGGCAACUGGCAAUUCAGAAUCAGUGUCUCCUUCAAGCUUUACUCCAGUUUCAGGCCUGAGAAGAUUGUCUUCUGCUAAAGAAGGACCUUCUGAAAUCAUUUCCAAGUGUAUUGGUGAUAAUAUGCCUCAAUCCCAUAUUCAACUACAUCCGCAUCAAAAUCUUAUUCAACAACAGCUGCAACAGCAACAACAACAUCAGCAACUAUUGCAACAGCAACAACAACUACAACAACAACAGCAGCAGCAACAACAAAUGAUUAGUCGACCCAUUGCCAUAACUGCGAAUCAGAAUCUGCUUCGUACCAAUGUGUGGGACAUCAUCAAGCCACAAAAAGGGAGACCAAUUGUGAAAGGUGGCAAUACCAAUGCCAAUAGCUACAACUAUCAACAGCAACAACUUAUUCAGCAACAACUCCAGCAUCAACAACAAUCACAGCAACAACAAUUACAACAGAAACAACAACAAUUACAGCAGAAACAACAUCAAUUACAACAGUUACAACAGCAGCAGCAAAAGCAACACCAGUUCUCUGCUAUUCAACACAGUGGCAAAAUACCCGGCUCUUCCAUGCAAAAUGCAUUGUCAGAACAGCGUUCUGCAAGUCAGCAUUAUAAUUCGGGAUUGAUGAGUGGAAUGAACCACAAUCCUACUAAUAGAGCUCGUCCAUUGCAAGCAAACAUGACAACAAUUCGGCAACAAAGAAGUGAUAAUCCAUCACUUCAACAACUGCUUAUGAAUUCAAACAACUAUACAAAUGAGCCAAGGAGAUCUAUUUCACAAGACUGCAGACCAUCUCAGCCAAUUAUGAUGCACGUGGGACAGGGCUAUUCACAGAGUCAGAUGAUGGGCUCGCUCAAUGUGAGAGUUGAACAAUCGACAUCGCCAGUUAGCAAUCAGCUGGCUCGCUGGUUCUCUCCAGAGCUUUUGGCUCAAGCUAGAGCCGGCCAACUUCCUGACAUGCCACCCGUUUCGCCCACUCAGAACAUGCUCAGUGUCGAGGAAUUGGAGAGGCUACAGCAACAAGUUGCUCUCAACUGAAUCGGUGAUAUGAAGAACUGAGAUACGAUUACUCAUGUUCGGUUUCCUUUAAUAUGUAGGUUAUUAGCUAUAUCGAUUAUUAUUUAUGUAUUAGAACAAUGUAUCCAAACAUCAAUGUGUUAAAUCUUCAUUUUUCAGUGUCAGGUUUUAUAAUCAAUGUAGUAAUAAAUUAAUAUUCGAAUAGGUGUAUUCCAUUAAUGUUUUUAAUUAUUUAUUGUGAGAAAAGGGCGAGAAAGAAUCCCAUUACUUUGAUAUUGAAAAUUAUAUAAUACAAUAAAUGCGAUUUUUGAAACAGUUUAUAAGAAUUAAUUCGAACGUAAGUUAGAUUAUUGUGUCACAUAUUUUUAGUGUUAAGUUUAGAAUGAUUGAAAUUUGGAGAUCAGAGAUCUGUUGAUUUUACAAAGAGUGGUAUCGUGAAUACCAAAAUAAAUAUUAUUAUUGUGACGUCAUUUAAUUUGUAAUAGUCUUUUAUAGUGAUGAAAAAGUGUAUUCGGAAAUUUUUAAUUCUGUAUUGAUAUUAAUUUUAAUAUACAUAAAGAAGAACUGAAGGAAUGAGAAGUGGAAGUAAAUGCAAAAAUAACUAAAAACAGUAUUGUAGUUAGCAAAGUGUUUUUUCAUAUAGUAAAAAUAUUUAUUUUAUAAAUUGUUAUUCAAUUAAUUUUAUAAUAAGUGUUCGUAGCCGAAUGGGUUUAUU